CGCUGCUGUAAAUACCUCAAUCAGACGACGGAGAGUUGUGGACAAAUCUCUGAGUUUCGACGGAGAUCAACAUCACAACAGGAAAGUUUCUUACGUUUAACAGUAAGUGGUACAGCGCUGUAAUUUAACCAUUUGAAUUGAGCUUAAAACCGUUAGGUUCCUUUGUUCGACUUCGGUGCAAGGACAUCUUUUGUUUCGAGUGUCCGAGUCCGUCCUGGUGGAAACGCAAAUGCCGUCCUCUGAACCAGGUUCUAAGCUUAUGGUCUUUCUCGUUUUCUUUUGCUUGUCCUAUAGGGUACGGAAGGAGGCGAAGCCUAUAAUUCUUUAUGAUCUUGUGCUUGAAAGUUUGUAAUAUUCAAAAAUUAGAAUCACAACAGGGGAGUGGGGAACAUUUUUUUCACAUCUUUCAGCAAUAAACCAUCGUCUUUCAGAAAGCCGUACAUUAGAAUUCGACACAUUGACGCACCAUGGGUUCAGUAAACGAGGAUAACUGGGUCGACGGUAUAAUCGAUCAACUUUUGCAGGCUAGAAGCCGGAAACCCGGUACGCCUGUUGAUUUGUCGGUUCAAGACGCCACCAGCCUGUGCAACUACGCAAGAGAAGUAUUCAUGCAGCAACCGAUGCUACUGGAGCUCGGCGCUCCGAUUAAAAUUUGUGGAGAUGUUCACGGGCAGUACACUGACUUGUUGAGACUUUUUGAGUACGGCGGGUUUCCUCCAGAGGUAUGUCAUUGUUUUCCAUUUGUUUCCAUUUUUUGUAAGGAACAGACAGAAUUUAUGUUUCUCUUCUCGGACAAAUCUUAUCUUCUUUUUCUUAUUUACAUCGAAAUAGGCAAACUAUCUUUUCCUUGGAGACUAUGUUGAUCGCGGAAAACAAUCCUUGGAAGUCGUUUCCCUGCUAUUCGCGUACAAAAUUAAGUACCCCGAGAACUUCUUUCUUCUCCGUGGUAAUCAUGAGUGCGCCGGUAUCAAUAGGAUCUACGGGUUCUAUGAUGAAUGUCGCCGUCGUUUCUCGGUGAAGAUGUGGAAACAAUUUUGCAAUACCUUCAAUUGCCUCCCAUGCUGUGCUGUGAUCGAUGACAAGAUUAUUUGCAUGCACGGAGGGCUUUCUCCUGAAUUAUCACAAAUGGAGCAAAUUGCCAACCUCGCAAGGCCAUGCGAUGUUCCUGACACGGGUUUGCUUUGCGACAUCCUCUGGUCAGACCCAGACCCGAGCAUCACAGUAAGUAGCCUCCAAAUUUUGUCAAAUGCCAUUGCCUUCCUUCUCAGUAGUUGGAACCAAUUUAUCUCUAACACAAUUCUGCGUCACGUAAUUCUACAUUUAUACGCCUUUAGGGAUGGGGAGAAAAUGAUCGUGGUGUUUCUUUUACUUUCGGCGGUGAUGUCGUUCGUCAGUUUCUUCGUAGACAUGAUCUCGACUUGGUGGUCAGAGCCCACCAGGUGGUGGAGGAUGGUUACGAGUUUUUUGCUGGACGUGAACUGGUCACUGUCUUUUCAGCACCGAACUACUGUGGCGAGUUCGACAAUGCAGGUGCAAUGAUGACAGUUGAUGACACCCUGAUGUGCUCAUUCCAAAUUCUGAAACCAGCAAGCGCUGCACAACAAAGAUAUGGCGGUCGGCAAAAUACGCCAGGACGCAGAUAAAUGUCGCUGUAUUACAUUUGAAGCCUCUGUAUUUUUACCGCCAACAUCCAUUUCAAUAUGCUACUCGGUUGAUUCAGAUUUCGUACGAAAGCUAGAAAUUGAAAAAUGUAGAAUAAUGAUCGUAUAUCUUCUUUUCUCUCGCAGCAGUUAAAACCAAAACAUUCUAUUAACGACAAAUGUUAUUGAAGAACAAAGAUUUUGAGAUAUCUCUACCGCUUAGUAAUCCAUCGUACCAUUCAUUUCUGAAGGAAUCAAUGUAUCACAUUAUU